AUGUUCUCUUGGAUACGCAACAGGCGGCAAUUGACCAGACUUGAUCAGUACGGGUUCGAAGACGAUGGACCCCCAGAUACCGCCGAUUGCCUGGGUGCAAGAGACAGCAGGACGAUACACGUCAACAUCGCUGAAGUUAUCUUCAAGCACUGUUCGAACUGUAUAUCCACGGCCAAGUACAGUAUACUGUCGUUCUUGCCCAUAUUCCUCUUCGAACAGUUCCGGCGUUAUUCAAAUUGCUUUUUUCUACUUAUAGCGCUCUUACAGCAAAUACCGGAAGUGUCUCCCACUGGUCGAUUCACAACAUUAGUACCAUUAUGUUUUAUUCUUUUAGUCUCUGCACUUAAAGAAAUUAUUGAAGACUUUAAAAGACAUAGAGCAGACCGUGAAAUCAACCAUCGAAAAGUGGAAGUCUUAAAUGACGGUAUUUGGACGCCACAACGAUGGGAUCUCAUAAACGUAGGGGACAUUGUUAAAGUGCAAAACAAUACGUUCUUCCCCGCCGAUCUUCUAAUACUUUCUUCCAGCGAACCACAAAGUAUGUGUUAUAUUGAAACAAUGAACCUAGAUGGUGAAACAAAUCUCAAAAUACGACAAGGUCUUCCAGAAACGUCACGUUAUGUCGAUGCAAAUGAUCUCAUGCGCUUUAAAGGGGUAAUUGAGUGUGAGCUUCCAAAUCGGUUGAUCUAUGAUUUUGCUGGCAGCUUAAAAUUGGUAGAUAGAGUUCCAUUGUCUUUGGGUCCCAACCAUCUGCUUUUACGAGGUGCCAUGUUGCGUAACACCGCUUGGGUGUGUUGUGUAGUUAUUUACACCGGCCACGAGACAAAGCUCAUGAUGAACCAGACUUCAGCUCCUCUAAAAAGGUCGACCGUAGACAAAAUUGUUAACACGCAGAUUAUAAUGCUUUUCUUGUUGCUGUGUACAUUGUGUUUGAUAAGCGCGGUUUGCAACAUUAUUUGGACCAAACAGAAAGGAUCAAAAGACUGGUAUUUACAAGUAGAUGAUUUUGUUACAUUCAAAUUUGCAUUUAAUUUACUCACAUUCUUUAUACUAUUUAACAAUUUAAUUCCUAUUUCGUUGCAAGUGACUGUUGAAGUUGUACGCUUCAUGCAAGCACUGUUUAUCAACAACGACAUUGAAAUGUAUCACCAAGAAAGUAAUACACCAGCUAUGGCACGAACUUCAAAUUUAAAUGAAGAAUUGGGCAUGGUUAAAUAUAUUUUUUCUGAUAAGACUGGUACGUUAACAAGAAACGUUAUGGAAUUUAAACAUUGUUCAAUAGCUGGAGUCCUUUACUUAGAAGGUUCACAAGAUACCUUAAUAAAUAAUUCAAAAAACCAUCCAACUCAAGAUUAUGUUUUAGAAUUCUUAAGAAUGAUGUCUGUUUGUCAUACGGUUAUUCCGGAGAAGAUUAAAGAUUCAGAUGAAAUGUUAUACCAUGCGUCAUCUCCAGAUGAGCAAGCGUUGUUGAAAGGGUGUCAAUUGUUUGGUUAUGUGUUCCAUACCCGUACUCCUAGAGCGGUCACUGUUUCAGCAUUGGGCAUCAACGAGGAAUAUGAAAUUUUGACUGUCAUAGAGUUUACUAGCACUAGAAAGCGAAUGUCCGUCAUUGUGCGUGCACCAGAUAAAAAGAUUUAUCUCUAUUGUAAAGGUGCUGAUACUGUUAUUUUUGAACGGCUUUCAAGGGUUGGUGAAGAGUAUAAAGAAAUAACAUUAAAGCAUCUCGAAGAAUUUGCAAAUAAUGGUUAUCGUACAUUGUGUUUUGCUUAUGCCGAGAUUUCGGAGCACACUUACUCUGAUUGGAAUGAAGAAUUUUUGAAAGCGGGUAAUGUUCUCACAAAUCGCGAGGGUGCUAUUGAUGAGGUGGCCAAAUUAAUUGAAGUAAAUCUCAUUCUGCUCGGGGCAACAGCCGUUGAAGACAAAUUACAAGAUCAAGUACCAGAAACCAUUGCAGCUCUGAUUAAAGCGGAUAUCAAUGUUUGGGUACUGACUGGAGAUAAACAAGAAACUGCCAUUAAUAUUGGAUUCUCAACAAAUCUGAUUACACAAGGAACUCCUUUAAUUAUACUCAAUGAGCCUACAUUGGAUGAACUUAGAGAAUCAUUACGGCAGCACAUGAGUGAGCUGAGACCAGCUGUAGGGAAGCCUGAUAAUCCUUUAACACUAGUAAUUGAUGGCCAGUCAUUGAAACAUGCUCUAUCCCAUGAUCUAAAAAUGGAUUUCUUAGAACUAUGUAAGAGUUGCAAGUCAGUUAUAUGCUGCCGUGUAUCACCUAUGCAAAAAGCAGAAGUUGUAGAAUUAGUAACGUUAAAUACACAUCAAGUGACUUUAGCAAUUGGUGAUGGGGCAAAUGAUGUGGCAAUGAUCCAAAAAGCACAUGUUGGUGUUGGUAUAUCGGGUGUUGAAGGAUUACAGGCUGCUUGCGCAUCUGAUUAUUCUAUAGCCCAAUUUAAGUUCCUGCUGAAAUUAUUGUUUGUCCACGGUGCUUGGAAUUAUAAUAGAAUGUCAAAGUUGAUUUUGUAUAGUUUCUACAAAAAUAUUUGCUUGUACAUCAUUGAGUUGUGGUUUGCAGUUUAUUCCGGUUGGUCCGGUCAAAUCAUUUUUGAAAGGUGGACAAUUGGACUAUAUAAUGUUCUAUUUACUGCUGCUCCGCCCUUGGUAAUCGGUAUAUUUGACAUUGUGUGCACUGCAAACACAAGGCUCAAGUUUCCUCAGCUCUAUUCGCAGACUUUAGACACAUUUAACGUACGGAUAUUUUGGAUAUGGGUGUUUAACGCUAUACUUCACUCGUUUCUGUUAUUCUGGAUUUGUAUGUUUGCAUUGAAACAUGAAGUUGUCUGGUCUAAUGGAAAAGAAGGCGGUUACUUACUCAUGGGAAAUUUUAUAUACACAUAUGUUGUCAUUGUUGUGUGUCUCAAAGCUGGCCUUCAUAUACAGUCAUGGUCUUAUAUUGUACAUACUGCUAUAUGGGGUUCAAUUGCUGCAUGGUUCGUGUUUCUGGUCAUCUACAGUCACGUAUGGCAGGUAUUCCCUAUUGGUUCUGUGUUUACUGGCAUGGAUGUCAUGGUAUUCACAUCACCAAUUUUCUGGAUUUUGAUGCUGUUUUCAGUAACUGUUGUCAUGGGAUUGGAUUUAGCGGCUUUAUCAAUUAAAACAACUACCAAAAAAACUCUGGUCCAAGCAUUAAGGGAAAAUGAAUUACGAAAACCAGAAACAAACAAUGUUGUUAAUCCGAGACAUAGAACAAACGAAAAGGCACGUCUCCUUGAGAACGUAAAAAAUGUUUUCAAUUUCAAAUCUCGAUUACAAUCGACCACGGAAGUUGAAAUGAACCAUGGUUUUGCUUUUUCACAAGAAGAAGGAGGCGCUGUCAGUCAGUCAGAUAUGAUACGCGUGUACAACACGUGCUCGCCAACUCCAGAAGUCGUAUAA